AUGUCAAAUUAUAUUAUAUAUUAAAUUAUUACAAUAUAACACAAUUCACUUACUAAUAAUUUAUUUUCUUUCCAUUCUACUUUUAAAUUCAAAAAAUUACCUAAAUUACAACCUUUAAUUAAUAAAUUAAUCUAGUUGUUCCUCUAAAUACUCAAACAGGUAGAAGCUUUAAAUCCUAUUUAUUUAAUCCAAUUGCAGGAUAUUGCAAAUUUAGAAGACAAACUGUAAAUGUUUAGAAAGUGGAGGAAUAAAUGCAUUCAUAUAAAAACAGAAUGCUUUGUAACCCAUUACAUAUAUUAGAGCUCAUCAAAUUAAAAAAGAAAAGAAAGAUGUAACAAAAUAAAGGAAGAGGUAGAUAUCUAUGAUUGUAAGAGUUCCUUCUAAAAUUCAAGAUAUUACUAGUCUUAUUCCAUAACGUAAAGAAAGAAAAACAAAAACAUUACUUUAAAAUUAAUUUAUUGA